AAAGGGGAUCGGGGACUGACAAAGCAUGCUGGAGUUGUUCCGUCAGCUGAUCGAUCCGACCCCCAAAAGCAGCGAACUGGUGCUCGUGACGACUGGAGAUCUCCAAAAGGCUCAGAUGAAGAGCCUGCAUCUGCUCCUCCUGUUGUCGGAUUAUCCGCUCUUGGCUGGAACUGGAGGAGCUGUUUCCAGGAACUAGACAGGCCCCUCCCUUCACCUGCAUCAGGAGUUUCUGCUUCAGUUGAUGACAGUUGAAGGAGUUCAUGCCAGGUUUCUUGUUGAACCUGUUCUGUCUUUAGUUCAGGAAACAUAGACAUCCUGCAGCUCCUGAGAAUCAUUCCACCUCCAACAAGAAGCCCCGCCUCCUUUUUCCUGUCCGCCGUGUCAAUGAGCAUCAGAGAAAAACCAGAUCAGAUCCUGAUCCUCUGACUGUGCAGCAGCAGCUGUUCUCUUGGCAGACAACAGCAGGUUGAGGGUUUGAUUCCAGGAAGGCUCUCACUCUGACAUCAACAUUUCCAUCUGCUGCCCCGCCCACCUGUGCUGCCCCGCCUCCAUCCCAGGUGGACUCUUUCUUCCUGGUUCAGUGUCAGUGCUGUGUGCUGCAGCUGCGUUGACUCGAUGAAGGCUGGAAGAAGGUGUGUGUGAACUGAUCCUAAAUCCAGCAGCAUGGAUCAGUACGAGAACACACAGGAGGGAGCCCCUCCCUCUACAAAAAGGAGAGAUGGUAACCAUGACAACCAGAGCAAAGCUCAGAGGAACCGAUCUGGACUUGGAUCUGGACCUGAAUCUGGACCUGGAUCUGGAUCUAGCUGUGUCUCCUUCAAGAGUGACAGGUCAAAGGGCAAUAAUCCUGAAUUCAAAGCCGCCAGUUCAACAGUGGAGCAGACACAACCUGGAUCUGGAUCUGAAUCUGGAUCUGGAUCUGGAUCCAGCUGUGUGUCCCGCAGGAGUUACAGGUCAAAGGGCAAUAAUCCUGAAUUCAAGGACAUCAGUUCAGCAGUGGAACAAGGUCAACAGGUAACACAGAGAGUCCAGUCUGCAGCAUCCAGCUGUGGAUCCAUGAAGAGUGACUGGUCCAAAGGGUUUCCUCCAGAGUUCAGAACUGAACCAGGACCUUACGACUCACAUGUCCACAGAGAGAAGAGGAGCGGACCCCAGUCUGCAGAAAGACCCAGAGCUGAUUUUAGUCUGCAGGAGAGUUUUGGAGAACAUCAGAUCAGUCUGAGGAGCAGAAGUGAACAUGUGGCUGAAGGAACUGAAGAAGCAGGAAGAGAAACGCUCCUUAACGAGGUCUACACUGAGCUCUACAUCACAGAGGAACUGAGACAAGAGACUAACACCCAACAUGAGGUGAUGCAACUGGAGACAACCACCAAGACCAACAAGCUCCAUGACACUGCAAUCAAAAACCCAGACAUCUUCAAAGUCUUCCCUGACCAACAGAGAUCCAUCAGAGUGGUUUUGACCAGCGGAGUUGCUGGAGCUGGAAAAAGCUUCUCAGUGCAGAAGUUCACUCUGGACUGGGCCGAGGGCUUGGAGAACCCAGACAUCAGUGCUGUGGUUCCUCUUUCCUUCAGGGAGAUGAACUUGAUCAGAGAUGAGCAGCACAGUCUUCUCACUCUGAUCCAGCUUUUCCAUCCAGCACUCCAGAAGAUCCCAGCAGAACAGCUGUCUGACUGCAAACUUCUGUUCAUCUUUGAUGGUCUGGAUGAAAGCAGACUUUCUCUGGACUUCAACAACAGUCAGGUGGUGUCUGAUGUCACCCAGAAGUCCUCAGUCAACGUGCUGCUCACUAACCUCAUCCAGGGACGUCUACUUCCCUCAGCUCUGGUCUGGAUCACUUCCAGACCUGCAGCAGCCAAUCAGAUCCCUCCUUCAUGUGUGGACAGACUGACAGAAGUACGAGGCUUCAAUGAUGCUCAGAAGGAGGAGUACUUCAGGAGGAGAUUCCCAGAUGAAGAGCUGUCCAGCAGAAUCAUCUCCCACAUCAAGAGCUCCAUGUCCCUCUACAUCAUGUGUGAAGUUCCAGUCUUCUGCUGGAUCACUGCUGUGGUUCUGGAGAACAUGCUGACCACAGAGCAGAGAGGAGAGCUGCCCACCACCCUGACUGACAUGUACUCACACUUCCUGAUGGUCCAGACAAAGAGGAAGAAGAACAAGUACCAGCAGGAACAUCAGACAACUCCACAAGAGUUGACAGAGACUGACAGGGAAGUUCUUCUGAAGCUGGGGAGGCUGGCAUUUGAACAUCUGGAGAAAGGAAACAUCUUGUUCUACCAAGAAGACCUGCAGCAGUGUGGUCUGGAUGUCACAGAGGCCUCAGUGUACUCUGGAGUUUGUACUGAGAUCUUCAGAAGAGAGUGUGAGAUCUUCCAGAAACCGGUCUACAGCUUUGUUCAUCUGAGCGUUCAGGAGUUUCUGGCUGCAGUCUACAUGUUCCACUGUUACUCCAACAGGAAGGUAGAGGUCAUUGAGGACUUCCUGAAGUACAACAUGGAGAACACAUCCCUGGAUGAGUUUCUGAGUAGAGUCAUGGAGAAAUCCCUGCAGAGUCAAACUGGACACCUGGACCUGCUUGUUCGCUUCCUUCAUGGUCUCUCUGUGGAGUCCAACCAGAGACUCUUAGGAGGUCUACUGGGUCAGACAGAGAAUAAUCCAGAAACCAUCCAGAGGGCCAUCAACAAUCUGAAGAAGAUCAACAGUGAAGGAGUCUCUCCUGACAGAAGCAUCAACAUCUAUCACUGUCUGAUGGAGAUGAAGGAUCUCUCAGUUCAUCGGGAGAUCCAAGAGUUCCUGAAGUCAGAAAACAAAUCAGAGAAGGAACUCUCAGAGAUCCACUGCUCAGCUCUGGCCUACACUCUGCAGAUGUCAGAGGAGGUUCUGGAUCAGCUGGACCUGAAACUGUACAAGACAUCACCUGAGGGUAGACGGAGACUGAUCCCAGCUGUGAGGAACUGCAGAAAGUUCAGAAUUCCAUCACCAUGUGGACUCUCAGAGACUCACUAUGAAAUUGUGUUCUCAGCUCUGAAGUCCAACCCAUCCCACCUGACAGAACUGGACCUGAGCUAUAAUCCCAUCCAGGAUUCAUCCGUGAAGGUUCUGUGUUCUGGACUGGAGAGUCCAAACUGCAGACUGCAGACUCUGAGGUUGGAGAGCUGCAGUUUGUCAGAGAUCAGCUGUAGAGCCCUGGUCUCAACUAUGAAGAAGAACCCAUUUAAUCUGACAGAACUGGACCUGAGCGGGAACUGGAACCUGCAGGAUUCAGGAGUUGUGGAUCUGUGUGGUUUUCUGGAGAGUCCAGACUGCAGACUGCAGACUCUGAGGUCAGACUCCAUGUUUCUGUUGUGUUCACAUCAAUAUGAUGACAACGUUGUGUUGACACUAAACUGCAGACUUGAGGCUGACACUUCCUCAUCACUUCCUUCUUCUCUCUGUUUCAUCUGA